AUUGAUAUAAGUUGAUUCCCUCGGCACCGUGGGGCAACAAGGAGAUUUCCACAUUAUAUCACAUCUCAAUUGAUUGCUCUCGGGUGUCCAGCCACCUAACAUUGUCAUCGCAAUGGCAUUUCCCGGCACCGCGCACAAGUACUCGAAGCGGCGCAUCGCAUUCGAGCACACGCGCCCGCACUCGACCGACUCAACACCUCACACGCUUCUCUGGGUCGGAGGCCUCGGCGACGGCCUGCUAACAGUGCCGUACCCCUCUGAAAUCAGCAAGUCGCUGCCUCCCAACUGGGCCAUCGCCGAAGUGCUACUGGGAUCGUCAUAUCGCGGCUGGGGCAUCGGGUCGCUGUCGCGGGACGCUCGCGAACUGGGGGAAUGCGUGUCGUAUUUCAAGAGCCUGCGGCCGGGCAAGAAGAUUGUUGUCAUGGGCCACUCGACGGGGUGCCAGGACAUCAUGGAGUACGUGGUGGGUAAAGGGCGUGAGAAGCGCGAGCCGCUCGACGGCGUCAUGCUGCAGGGCGGCGUGAGCGACCGCGAGGCAUGGGAGGAUUUCGCAAGCGGAGCCGACGACCGCAAGCACGCGCUCCAGGACGCGAUUGCCCGCGCCAAACAGCUCAUUGAUGCGGGUCGGGAAAAGGACAUCUUGGAGCCGGACGGCAAUGCCGUGUUGAAGGAAAUGGGCGGCCCUGUCAAUGCGUAUCGCGCGUACUCGCUGCUGGCAAAGGGCGGCGACGACGAUUACUUCUCCAGCGACCUUUCCGACGAGCAGCUCGCCACGACAUUUGGCCGGAUUCCCAGGUCCACGCCCGUGUGCUUCCUGCUGGGUUCCGAGGACCCGUAUGUACCUGCUUCGAUCGACAGAGCGGCGCUUAUACAGCGGUGGACGCGGAUCCUCCGGGAAAAAGGCUGCGUUGUGGAUGACGAAGAUGGCGGUGUGAUUCCCGGUGCUCAUCACAAUCUCGACGACGAUCCAGAGCACGUUGUGCAGGAUUUGGUUCGGCGCGUGUGUGGCUUUGUGACGGGGCUGGAGGAGAGUCGUGCGUGGAAUAGUGCGGGUGCGCAUUUGUGAGUUUCAACGGCUGUUGUGCUGUAGCUCGACUGCGUGCUGUAUUUACCUGGGGAUUGUUCAUGGUUGGUUCUACUACAUUUGCUGGUUUUCUCCCGAAACGGGUACAUCAAGCCAUCGACUGACAGCACUGUUCACGGACGACUGCGACCCAGUUGUGCUGCGGCACCGAAGUUACGGCGCAAAGUCAACAGGACCAGGGUGGUAGUGGGAGAGAAUCUCUGGAGCAAGACCCACCUAGUGUGGAUAAUUUAAGC